UUUAAUCAGGGAACGUUCAACGUUUACUUAUAAUUAGUAUCAUACCUUUCUUGAGAUUGAAGGGGUCACCAAAUUUAGGUAUUAUCCAAACAUUCGACUAAUGAAAUGCCGGAUCGGGUGCCCGACUAUUUACCCGAACGGAUUCACAAGGCAGUGGUCUUUUUUACAUCACACUCUAGUCGAACACCCAACAGGAGCUUUUCGAAGGAACCCGGUGUUAAUGCAAAAUCACCACGUCCGAUUUUGUUCUAAGUUUCAUUUCUAUCAGGGGAAAAAAGGGAUAUAAAAAAGUCAAUCUAGUUUUUUUUAUCUUUAUUGAAAUUAAUAAUUAAAAAUUAUUAUUCAUAUAAAAGUAAAAUAGUUUAUUGCAAAUUAAUAAUAAUAACAAUAAUAAUUAAAUUUUUUUUAGUAGAAUCGCAAAAUGAAUUAGUAAUAAAACUCGUAAUCAAAUAAAUUGUCAUGACAACAUUGCUGUCAUUAAUUAUGACACUUACUUCAACUUAUUAAUGACUACUGUCAUUAAUUAUUUUUAAAUCUUACAAUUAUUUAUCCAAAAUCCGUGUAAAAUUAAUUUCUCAUAAUAAAAAUGAUAAUUACAUAAAUUUUAUUUAAUAUAUUAAAUUAUUAUAUAAUUUUUUAUUCUUCAAACAUGAACAAAAAAAAACUAUUUAGCGAAACUAAUCAUAAACAAAAAAUUGUUGAUAAUCAUUCCAGUGAGAUUAAUUUAAAAUCAAAAUCAAUGCAUGCUGUUGAAUAUGCAGAAAAAGCGAUUCAACAUGAUAAUAUUUCAAAUAAAACUGAAGACAAAGAUUGCAAACCCUUAUUAACAAUUCCAAAAACAAAAUUUACAACUAAAAAUAAAUCACGUGAAUCUUGUUCCACCUCAUCGUCAAGAUUAAAAAGUUUUCCGGCAGAAGAAAUCAGACGAAUACAACAUUCUCCUAAUCAAAAAAUUAUUGAUUUUUCUAAUAAUCAACAGAUCGCUGGUCAAGGUGAUGGUUUUCUUCAAUCUCUGUAUUCUAAAUCAUCAAAAAUAUCUGAUAAUAAUUUAGAAUUAAAUCCGCAAUAUUUGCCGCGUUCUGAAACUUCAGCUCUAGGUUAUUUUCAAAAAUCUAAUGGGCAAACUCAUAGACCUUUUGUACCGAUUUCCCGGGUUAUAAACAGUCAAGAACCUCAUUUUAUUGUUACUGAUCAUAAAGAUAAUUUUCCAGAUUCUAAUCACAGCAUUCAAAAGCAAGAAAUUAUUUUAAAUAAUGAUAAACAUAAUCCUCAAAUUUUGAAAAAUUCUAUUAACGAUUUUAAUAAAGUUAAGUAUGAACACCAACUGGUUGGAGAUCAAAAUGUUGUACUUCAUCAGCAGACGAAUGCACAAAAUCAUUUUGAAUCUUUACCGCAAAAUAAGACGUCAGUAAUUUAUGAACAGAAUUUAAUUAAUGAAAAUCCAGGUCAAAUUACUGUACACAAAAAUUUUGAACCUGAACAUUUUCAAACAAUUAAUUACGACCCUUAUAAUCAACAACAAACUUCUAAUUAUGGAAUGACUUCACCUCAGGACUUGAUGAUCAGUAGAUUAAAAAUAAAUCAAAAUUUUGCUGAAAAAUCUCAACAAUUUUCAGGGCAUAAUUAUUCUAAUAUAAAUUGUUCUACUGGCUUAGAAAUUAAUCCAGAUGAAAAAAAUGUUAAAAAAAGUUUAGUUACUCAACGUCAACUCGAAUCUCAAUAUCAUGAAUAUCCUCCACGGCGUUUAUUUAAAUCUCAAGAAAAAGAAAUUAAAAAAAAACCAAUUCAAUUUACCCCUGCAAUGAAACAUGACCAAGAAUUAUUAAUAUCAAAAUUAAGGCAACAGGGAAUAAAUGAAGAAAUAAUAAAACGUCAGUUUGAUGCUUUAUUAAUUGAACAAAAAAGACAAUUAGAUUAUCUCGAAAAAUUAGAACAGUCUGAAGAAAUUAUUGAUAAAAAUAAUAAAAUUCCUACGCGAAGAAAAAUAUCAAGAAAUAAUGAAGAUGGGAAACCAGAAUGGAUGGCACAUAUUACCCCACCUAGAAUGACUUACGCGACUGUUGAGAAAUUAAAUCACAGUAAUAAAAAUAAUAAAAAACAACAACAGAAAAAAAUAGUCGGAUUUAGUGAUAAUUUAAAUAAAAAUCAAAACGCAGAACAAAUGAUACAAUAUUGGCAAGCAAAUGAUAGGCAAAAUGGAAUGUAUGUAAAUUAUCGUAAUGGUUACCAACCUUGGCAAAAGAAGAUUAUUGAUGCUGGAGGACAACAAUGUAAUUGUUGUCAUGUUCAACAUCAAAAACAAAAUCAAGAAAUCAGUCCACUAGGUAAUGGUUACUUUAUGUUAUACGAUCCUAGUUAUCAGUAUCAAAAUAAUCAGGAAUCACCUAUUUCUUGUAAAACUACUCAUCAUUCUUAUCCACAUGAUUACUAUAAACAGAAUAAUAUGAAAAAUCAAGAAAACUCAAUAAACAAUCAAACUAUGAUACCAAAUAAUAAAUCAGUUAUAGAGCAAUCUAAUUCAGAAAAAUUUGGUCAUUGUGGAACUGUGAAUGGGAAGCCUAAAAGAAACAAUGGUCUUCAGGAUUUGGAAGCUAUUAAAGAAGCGAUGGAACAAUUGAAUAAUUGGGAAAACCGUAAAGGAUUAGAGUAUCUUGAAAAUUUAAAUAAAAAGGAGAGAAAAUUGAAAUUAAACGGUGUACAAGAUCCUGAUGAUGAUCUUAUGAUAAAUUAUCCUUUUCGUAAACCGCCUGAGCAACUAGAAAACAUUAACAAUAACGUAUCAGCGAAUGGAUUAGAAAACCAGAGAAACUCAAAUAAUCCACUACCACCUCCUAUUUUUCGUACGAAAAAUUUUGAUGGAUUUUAUACAGAGUAUCCGCAAAGAAAAUUAAAUUAAUAAAAUUAGUAUCAGUGUAAAAAAAUUUUUAUUAAAAGUAUUUUUAAAUCUGAAAUAAAUUUUUUUUUUGUGAUAUUCCAAAAUAAUGACAUAAAUAUAAAAAAUAAAUUUAUUGAGUAAAAUAAUUACGUGAAUUUAUAAUAGAAACGAUUACUUAGACAAAAUAAUAUUAUAAAUAUUUGAA